AUGACGUGUAAGAAGAAUACAACUGCCAAGGAAAUAGAGGAAGCACUAAUCCCUUACUACUUUCAGUAUGAUAAGGUUGCUUAUCAAUUAAAGAACUGUGUGAUAUUGCCGGAAAUAUUGAGGCGCGCAAAUAUUACCUACUCAGGUACUAUCAGAUUCGAAGACGCUUUACCUGUUCCUGCGCGUUUUUUACACAACUCGGUGGGUUUGCAGCGGUUGUACUUUCGUUUGUAUGUUAAUUGCAACGCAGUGGACAUAUUGCCCGCACAACUUUUUCACAAUCAAAGCGCAUUGGAAACGCUUGAGUUAGAACUCUUUUGUGAGCCUUAUGAAGUAACACUACCGUCGCAAAUAUUCCAUACGCUCUACGGGCUGAAUAAGCUUGUAGUGGGCGCUCAUAGAAGAAAUCAGGGGUUGCUGCGUAAUUUGACAGCGGCACAUUUUCGUGAUACAUCGAAUUUUCGUAAAUUAGAUUUACUGGGUAAUUACAUGCAAACAUUGUCAAGUGAACUCUUUGUCACACUAACCGAGUUAAACGAAUUGAAUUUAUCAUGGAAUGGCUUGGCGGCACUGCCGAGUGGUUUACUGCGCGCGCAAGGAAAACUGAUAAUUCUUGAUCUUUCUUUCAAUCACUUGCAUGCGCUGCCACCGGGCAUCUUUAAUACCACUCCGCUUUUGUGGAAGCUUGAUUUGAGCGGAAAUCAAUUUAGUGUGCCUACAAAUAUUAUUGCUGCUGUUCAACCACUGCGCUUUCUCUAUCGAUUAAUUUUGAGCUACAAUAAAUUCACGCACAUUGCGGGCGCAGGUGAGUUUGAGAAUUAUACAUUACUCUCACGUCAGCACAUUAGAGAAAUUGAUGCAACGCCACCUUAUUUCCAAGACUAUUUGGAGCAGUUGUCAAGUAUAUGGUAUUGGGAGAAAUGCAGUAGGACACUAAUCGAUCUAAGUUAUAAUAGGAUCGAAAGUUUUCAUUUACGUGAUAUCAAUGCUGACCACAAUCCACUGCAAUGCGACUGCACCAUAUCUUUGAUCGACUGCACAAACAUAUUGAUGGAGACUGAUGAGAUGUGUAAUUUGCACAAUCAUAGCUAUUUGAUUAGGAAUCGUGCUAUUUGCCCUUGGAUGCCAAAGUUUUGUCCCACCGGCUGUAAUUGCCACUAUGACACGCGCACGCUGUACAUCAACUGUUCACACGCGCAUUUGGAGGGCCUUACAGAGUUGCCGCGCCCAGAGCAGGUUUAUUUAACGCAGAGUAGACUUGAUAUUACGCACAAUAAUUUUUAUAUGUUACCUUCGAAUGCGACCUUCGGUUAUGCCAAUGUAACGCGCUUAUAUGCGGCACACAAUCGCCUAGAGAAUAUACAAAGCGCGCACUUGCCGCCCCAAUUGGAAGUACUUGAUGUGCGCAACAAUAGUUUGGAGCGCUUGAGCGACGGUUUUAUACAAUACUUUCUCAAUGAGAGCGCCACUUUGCGGCAGCUUUAUCUCUCUGAGAAUCCUUGGCUCUGCGACUGUGACGCUAAGCAGUUGCUGAACGCUGUGCGCACGCAUCGUAAGCGCAUACCCGAUGUAACGCUCUUGGUUUGCGCCAAUCUAGAGAAUACCAGUUUGCAGGAAGCGCGCUACGAAGAUGUAUGUGUGCCUGAAUCGAUGCACUUGGCGUGGUUACUUUUCAGCAUAUCGCUGGAGAAAACAUUCGAUGCAUUCAUAUCGUAUGCCCAUCAAGACGCACGUUUUGUUAAUGACAUUCUAUUGCCUGGUCUCGAGCAGGGUGAACCACAAUUUAGCGUGUGCACGCAUGAGCGCAAUUGGUUGGCGGGCGCCUAUAUACCCGAACAAAUUAUUGAGUCCGUCGAUCAAUCGCGUCGUACGAUUAUUGUCCUCUCACAACAUUUCAUCGAAUCGGAUUGGGCGCGCAUGGAAUUUCGUACGGCGCAUCAGUGCGCUUUGAAUGAGCGACGCUCGCGCAUAAUUAUAGUAAAGUAUGGUGAGCUUAAAGACGUGACGAAGCUCGAUAAGGAGUUACGCGCCUAUUUGACUAUGAACACCUACUUGGAGUGGGUAGAUCAUCCAUGGUUUUGGAUGCCACAUUGCAAGGGAGAGGUGCGCAGUGCCGGCAUGCUUGAGUUGAAUGAACGUCGGAGAGCUUAUGUUAUUGGCGAUGUGGAGCGGAAUACGUUGGGUGAACUGGAGGAAUAG